AUGAAACGUGGUGCGGAGAAGCAGCUUGUAAAAGACGCAUUUGACGACGACAGCAACGAGGACGAAAGUCCUAGCCAAGGAUUCAAGAAGGCUGAUGAGGCUGUCCUAGCCGCUAGACCAAUGCGUGGUCUACCCAAGCGCGUCACUACAAGCACCCCCACGCCUGCGAAUCCAUCAGCGCCGGCAUCAACGCCCAAGUUCGGUGGUUUCAACGGUUUCGGUAUAGCUGGAUCCAGUGGUUCAUUUAGCUCAAUGUCACCAGCCAAUCCGCUUAGCACCCCCAGUGACGCUCAGACAUUGAAUUCCACCCCCUUGUUCUCUUCUCCUUCAACCCCAUUUGCUUCAACCCCUUCUGUGUCAGCGACUGCUCCAAACGCGGUGAAAACAUUUGCCUCCCUCCUCAGUACUCCAGCCAGCGCCGCUCAACCCUCUGACGUUUUUGAAAAACGAACUACAUUACCGGAAGCUCCCCCAUCCUCAUCAAACCAGACUGAAAUGGCUGACGAUCCGGCCGAGCUGAAGUAUUACACCUCACUCCGUGGGUUGAACGUAUCACUACUUACCGCUGUCUCAAAAUCCAUCGAAGACGAUCCCCUCUUUGAUAUGGGGGAACUACUCGAACGUUAUAAAAACCUCCGGACAACACUGAAGCAGAAUUUGGAAGAAAAGUCGGACAGCAUAUCCCCCUCUUCAUCCUCAACGCCCGCCGUACCACCUGCCAAACCACUAGGUAUGCCAGCUCCUCCCUCAACGUUUAGUGGGUUUAGUGGGUUCGGUUCUCAACCCGCCCCAUCAUUUCCGACCUCCAACCCGACAGCCUCUUCGUCAACCCCGUCUUCCAACACAUUCUCUUUCGCCACCCCUCCAUCCAACUCUGGAUCACAAAGUCAAAAGGAAUCUUCAACCACCAGCUCCCAUCCUAUCGGGUUCUCGUCAACAAGUACCUCUGCGGCAUUCGGUACAUCGAGCGCUUCCUCAACUUCCCCCUUCUCUUUACCUGCUGCAUCUUCGUCAAAACUCGCAUCUAGUUCCACUCAACACAUAUUUGGGAGUAGUACUCCACCAAUGACUUCUAAUCUAUUCGGAAAUACAGAUAAGGCAUCUACGAAUAUUUUCGGGAAUGCAACUUCAGCUUCAACAACCACCAACUUUGGUGGUGCAUUUGGUGGCUUUGGUGGUUUCAAGCCUGCAGGCGGAAACAUUGGAAAUCCCGUCGGAUAUGGCUUUGGUACUUCCAAAUCAUCCGACGCAGACCAUGGAGGACAGGUCACAGCUUCUAACACAACCCCUGUUUUCAACCCUUUUGGUUUAUCCACUGAAAAGAAGCUUGACGGUGAUGUCGACGAUAGCGCGGAAAGCGGGCAGUCGCUUGGUGAUGAAACGACUGGAAGUAAAGCCCAGACUCCGGAGGUAAACAAUAAUUCUGAAUUAUUAACGAGCAACAAGCAACAUGAUGAAGAGGGUGAGGGUGAGGAGGAUGAGGAUACAGUGCAUUCGGUUAAGCUGAAGGCAUAUCGGAUGAGGAAGGCUGACGAGAAAGGAGGGGCAGGAUGGGCUGAGUUGGGAUACGGGGUUCUCAGGUUGAAAAAGCAUAAAGAAACUGGGGCUCGGAGAGUGCUCCUACGGAACAGCAGCAGUGGCAAAAUUAACAUCAAUUUCAAUAUCUACUCGGGCCUAAAGCCCUCCCAAGCUAAAAAAGCCCUGACAUUUGUUGGUCAUAGCAAUGGCGCUUCGCAGACAUACAGUGUUCGGUUACAAACAGAAGGCCAAGCUACUGAGCUCAAAGAAGCUCUUGAUAGAGAAAUUGCUCACACACAAGCAAAGGGUUCAUGA